AUGCCUAAAUGCAAUGCAAGAGAUGACUGGUUUUUUAAAGAUGAUAUGCAAGGAAACAAAGUAUCAGAUUGGGGCAGAAAAACUGAUUGUUCUAGUGAAAUAUUUUGUUCUAUUUGUAUAUGUACUGUUGAUGUUAAAAAAGGUUUUCAAAGUCUGACUCAACAUGCAGCUACCAAAAAACACAAACAAAACGCCCACAUAAAGCUUAAUAUUAAACAACUAAAAUUAACUACAAGUACAAAUACUACAAUUGAAAACAAUUCUCGGAUUGAAGAUACAUUAGUUGAAAAAAGCAGUAAGUCAACUACAUUUUCCACUGUUCAUCUUUAUAGUAUAAGUGAUCAAUCAGUAGUAGCAGAACUGAUUUGGGCAUUAAAAGUUGUAUCUAGUAAUUACUCAUUUGCUUCAAGUGAUGGAAUUGUGGAAGUGUUUAAGACAAUGUUCCCUAAUGCUAUACCCAAAGGUUUCAGUAUGAGUCGCUCAAAAUUGACCUAUCUGAUAACUGAUGCCCUUGGACCAUAUUUUCGUGAAGAAUUGAUUAAGGAUAUUGCCAAUGAGUAUUUUAGUAUUAUCUAUGAUGAAACAACAAACUCAGGUGGGAACAAAGAACUCCAAGUGUUAAUUCGUUACUAUUCUACAAGUAAAUGUAAGAUUAUAACUCAACACUUACAGACAGUGUUCAUAGGAAAAGCUACUGCUGAUAUCUUGAGUGAAAAAAUUGUUAGUGCUGUGGAAAAUUCAAAUUUAUCAUUAAGUAAAUUGUUGAUGCUUGGAUCUGAUGGUCCAAAUGUCAAUAAGAAAGUUGCUCGUCUUAUAAAUGAUCAAAUUUUACAUUGUAGAUCAAAAAAUCUAAUCAACAUUGGGACAUGUUCUAUACAUACCAUACAUAAUGCCUUUCUAAAAGGUAUUGAUAAAUUUGGUGAAAAUGCUGAACAACUAAUAAUUUCAAUAUACUACUAUUUUAAAGGUUGGCCAACCCGCUGGGAAGAAUUUGAAACCAUUUUAGACAAGUUAAAACUUCCAAUUAGGCGCUUUAUUAAGCAUGUUCCUUCUAGGUGGCUGACAUUACAUGACUCUGCUAAUAGAGUUCUUGAAAAUUGGUCAGCUGUCGAAUAUUAUUUUUUGAAGUUUAUUCCGCAGCACAAAUCAAGCGUUUUAACAACAAAUAGUUAUAAAAAAAUUAGAGAAUUUCUUUUAAUUAUUACAAUAAAAUGUGAAAUGAUAUUUAUUCAAUCUAGUGCAAAAAUAUUUAUAAAAUACACAGGCACUAUGCAAAAAUCAGAACCGUUAGUGCAUGUAAUGUAUACUGAAUUGCACAAUCUCUUAUGUACUUUAGUUGGCAGAAUUUGUAAAACUGAAUACAUUCCAAAGUCAUUUUUUAAUAUUAAGGUUAAUGAUCUAUUGACAGUUGAAAAAAUGAUAGCGGUUAAAGAUAUUGUUGUCAAUAACUUAAUACAAGAAGAAUUUAAAGAGAAAAAAAUGGUCGGUAAAGAUAUAUUGUUCUUUUUGAAGAAUGUACAACAGCACUAUAUUGCUGCAUUUAAGCAUGUACUUGAAACAUCACCCAUACAAAACUCUUUUUUGAAGCAUUUACAAUGUUUGGGACCCUUGGAGCGUCUUAAAAGUCGUUCUUGUAACAGCAUAUUAAAACUGAGUAACGAUUUGCCAUUUGAUGUUGAUGAUGACAUUUUACUUGAUGAAUGGAAGUUGUUGCAACUAGAUAAAGAUGAGAAAGAAAGUGAUCUUAAUAGAAUUGAUAUUUAUUGGAAACAAUUCUUUGAAAAAAAAAAUAGUACAAACAAUUUGAAGUAUCCUAAUGUAACUAAAAUAGUGAAGUCAUGUCUUUCCUUGGUACACGGUAGUGCAGACGUUGAAAGAAACUUCUCAAUAUCUGGGAAAAUGUUAACGGAUGAACGUGCUUGUAUGAAUGAAAGAACUCUUAAUGCAUUGUUGGUUACAAAAGAUAGUUUAAAGCAAUAUCAAAAUAAACCAGAAUUGGUGUUGAUGACUAAAAAACUUAUAACCAUGGCAAAAGGAGCACAUAAACAUUACCAAAAUUAUUUAGAAGAGCAGAAACUAAUAAAACAUCAAAAAAAUGAAAAUAAAAAAAUAGAGGUACAGAUUAUGAAACAGUUAGAAGAAACUCAAAAUAAAGUUAAAGAAAACCAACAAGAAAUACAAGAAAAAGAAAAAUUACUGAAAAUUGCAAGAGAAAAAGAAACCCAGAAACGAAGCGUUGCUAAUAAACUAUUUGAAGAAGCCAAUAAACGACUAAAAAAGGCCAUUCUUGAGAAUAAUAUCCAAGAAGCUGAGUUAGCUCAUGCUAUGCUAGAAGGGGUGAAUACAGUAAAAAAAGAAGAAGAACAAAAGAAAAAAACAGCUGAUGCCCUUCAAAUACAAUUGGAAAAAAAGAAGGCAUCUUUGAUACAACAUUUGUCAGGUGCAAAAUAA